AUGACGCCAGCUUUGUAUAGAGUUAGAGCGCCGUUUUUUUGGAGAAAUAUGUUGGGCUUGGUAUUGGUAGGCUCUGUCCCCUUAGGGGUUUAUGCAUAUACGUGGAUGGUAUUGAAUAAGGAUGAGUUUGAGGAUAUUCCAAUUCCCCCAAUUUCCGAUGAAGAGUUAUCAAAGUUAAGAAAAGAGUAUGAAAGCAAGGACUCCAGUCAAUGA